GUUCAGUGAAGCAGGUGGGUGUGAGGAAGGGGAGCGGCUACCACUAUACGCCAAACUGGCCUCGCACCAGUCCUAACUGCUUAGGAGCCCGCUGUCAUUUGCAGCUCCUGGAGGCGGUGAGGAGUUUCCUCUUUGCGGCGGCCGGCCGAAUAGCUUCAUUUUAGGUCAGAAGGCUCGGGGACAGAUUCAGAACAUGAGAGGACACCACACCAAAAUGGGGGACAAUUGACUACACCCUGUGCUUUUGGCCAAGCCAGCUGUCGUGUUGCUGACCUCCGGGUCUGCGCUGGUUCUGGAGACCCUGGUGUAGCCGAUGGUUGACCACUGUCUCGAUUUUUGACAGCUUUGAGAGCCGGGGACUCGUCCUUGAUGAUCUUUAAAAGUAGGACUUUGUAAUGAGGCUGGAGCAGUGACAGGGGCCAGUGUCUAAACCCAACAGCAGCAGACAGGUGGGAGGCCAGGCAAGGAUGCUGGAGGCGGAUGCAGACCUAGCAGGUGGAGAAGUUGAGGGAGAAGCUGAAGCCGACAUGGGGAGCAGAGACUUGAAUGCUGAGGUGAUGCGACUGACACUGGAGCUCCAAGAGGCCACGGAGGAAAAGCUGCAGGCAGCGCGUUAUGGGCUGGUUGUGCUGGAGGAAAGUUCUGCCCUUAAGAUGAAGCACAGGCAGCUGGAGGAGGAGCAUGAGAGUCUCAAACUGGAGCUACAGCAGAUCAAAGAGGCGUUUGCAGAUUCUGUGAGCAGCCAAAAGCGUGCAGCAGCUGAUGGAGAGUGCCGGGAAGAAAGUCUGCUGCAGGAGACUGCCACUAAAGAGGCUGCCAUGGCAACCAGGAUGGAGGAGGUUCAGGGAGAGCUUAAACAGGCCCGUCUUACUCUGGGCAACGCCCACGCAGAGAUUGAAAGGCUGGGGGUGCUCUCCGCUCAGCUUAAGAAGGAGUGUGAGUGUCUGGAGGCAGAGAAGGGCCAUCUGAGGGAUGAAAUGAAGGAAUAUAAAGUGCGUGAGCUACGUCAGCUACAGGACAAUGGUGAGCUGGAGGAGGAGAACAUAUCCUUACAAAAACAGGUGUCUGUGCUGAAGGAAAACCAGAUUGAAUUUGAAUCCGUCAAGCUUGAGCUGUCCCAGAAGAAUGAGGAGCAGGAGGAGCAGCGGGCACAGCUGGAGGAGGCAGCGAGGCUGAGGGAGAUUGCAGAGCGGCAGCUGGAGGAGGCGCUGGAAGCGCUGAAGGAGGAGAGGGAGCAGAAGAACAGUCUGCGGAGAGAGCUCUCUGCCUUGACCCUUAACCCCUUUGAUUCUGUGGGGAACCUGGAGCUCCACCUGGAGCAGCUGGAUGAUGGUCAGGAGGAGGGGCAGGGGGGAGAGGUAGAGAACCAGGAAGACAGUAACAACAACGGUUCUGGUUCCGCUCACUCCAGCGGCUCCAAAAGUAACGGCCUGAUCAGUCGCUACUCCGCGUCCCGCAGCAGCGACAUGUUCCUGCGGGCUCCGGCUUCAGGACUGGUGUCGGAUCUGCUGAGCGAGCUCCACUUCUCAGACAGUCAGAAACUAAAGCAGCAGCUUCUGCAGGCAGAACGAGAUAAGUCUAGCCUGACCUGUAAGGUGGAGGAGCUACAGAUGCAGCUGAUGAUGUCCAAACAGGCACUCAGUCAGCAGGAAGACAGGGUUGGCUCUCUGCUGCAGCAGCUGGACGCCGUGCAAAACCCAGAUGUGGAGAGCAGGCACGAGGCCGAAGCCGGAGAGGAUGGCACGGCAGCGUUUGAUUACGAGGUGGACACCAAGAGCAAGGAGGUGCUGGAGGCGCGGAUGCGUGCAGCUAGUGAAGAGCUUCUGAAGCUGCGAGACGAACUGUCUCAGGCAGGAGCUCGUUAUAACACCCUGGAGCAGAGAUACAAGCAGGAGAAGGACCGCUGGAGAGGUGAGGCCCAGGAACUGGCCGACAAGAUCCGUCAGUGCAUCAAGUCCAGCAAGCAAGAUCAAGAGCGCAUCAGUGAGCUGGAAAGGGAGAUUGGAGCCACGCGAAAGGUGGCGACCGAUUCUGAAGGCCACCUGAACGUUGCCCAGGAAGAGCUGCUGGCGUUCUCCGAGGAGCUGUCCAACCUGUACCACCACAUCUGUGUGUGCAACAACCUGACUCCCAAACGGGUCACCCUGGACUAUUACCGCGAUGGGGCUAGGGCGAGUGGUGGAGGAAGCGGUCGAAGAUCUCACCACGUCUUCUCCCAGCAAAACUCCCAGAAGAAACCCAGAGCCAAUGACAUGUUUGUCUCCAAAGCUUCAGCUCUGCACUUCAUGGGAGAGGUGGACAGUGCAGGAGUCUCUGGAGACGCUCUGACCUGCCCCGGAUCCCCGACCCUGGACUUCAGAGAUCCAUCCAAUGUUUCCAACUUGGUCGCUGUCAUCCGGUGCCAGGUUAAGCACCUCAGGGUGGCUGUGGAUCUGUGUCGUCAGAAGGGCGUGAUGCCGUACUCGGGGCUCAGCAGCAGCGCAGAAGCAGAGCGAGACACCGAGAGCCUAAUGGAGGAAGUUCUGAAACUCAAAUCUCUGCUCAGCACUAAAAGGGAGCAGAUUGCCACCCUCAGAACCGUCCUGAAGGCAAACAAACAGACGGCUGAAGUGGCCUUGUCCAACCUGAAGACCAAGUAUGAGACUGAGAAGAGCUUGGUGUCAGAAACCAUGAUGAAACUGCGGAACGAGCUCAAAGCUCUGAAGGAGGAUGCUGCUACAUUCUCCUCACUACGAGUCAUGUUCGCCAGUCGGUGUGACCAGUACGUCACCCAGCUGGAUGAGAUGCAGAGGCAGCUGGCAGCUGCAGAAGAUGAGAAGAAGACCCUGAACUCUCUGCUGCGCAUGGCCAUCCAGCAGAAACUGGCUCUCACUCAACGCCUGGAGGACCUGGAAGCUCCUCAGUAUCCACACAGCCUCAACAGCAGCCCCCGCCGCUCCCGAGCCAAGGAGCUCGCCAACAAGUCGGGCCGGGCCCCUCGGAGUCCCCGGAGCAGCCCUGCUCGGCCUCAGCUGAGGAGCAGCUCGCGGGCUAGCCCGGUUCUCGGCAGCAGUGUUCCUGCUUCAGCCACACACCACCUGAGGGCUCUAACUCGAAGUCUGAACACCAGCCCUCGCUGAAACACACCUUCCAUUACUCCAACGCCCCUGUUCUCCAUAAGGACCCGUCCCCCCCCCCCACCCCCCACCCACCUGAACCAAUCCCUCCACCCUCCUGGUGGAGAAACCUGCAUGCAGCCUGGAGAAGGACCAGCGUGCUGCUGGUUUCUGUGUCUAAACUGGUUCCAGCUCAUCCUGUCUAAGACUGUCCCGGUGAGCAUUGACGGUCUUCACCCUGUAGUCCAUCAGAGAGGUUUUCCUGCUGUCUGCGGUUCUGGCUGUGCUCUGUUCUCUGGAGUCUGUCUUCACACCUCUGCCUGUAACCUGUCUCCUGUUCAGGCCCGUGGGCAAGCCAUUGGGUCAUCUAUGCUAACUAUAGAGAGGUGCAGUCUUACGAACAGACUCUAAAGGUUGUCCUGACAUUUCAUCCCAGUGAUGCGGUAACGUUUACUGUAAACCUGACAGUUGUGGUCCUCCCACCUCUGCCCAGCAGCUUCACCCUUUAACUAGAGGUCAGUAAACAUGUUGUUUCAAGUGGAAAUAGGUCAGCCAUAAAUUCCCCACCUCAGGUCAAACUAUAAUAAUUCACUUGGAGAGUUUGGGAAGCACUAUGCAGACUGUGCCCGGAGAGUGCCUGUUCACUCUGCUGCAGGCUCCAGGCGGUUCUAUCCACGCCUGAUUCCACUUUCACCCCGGCUGGUAGCUGUUAUUUCACAAGAGAGCCCACUUCGCCACAUAACACGAGCUUCUCAUUGGUUACAUGUGACUUUUAACACCCUAACCCUGAGACGUCUAGUUCCAUCUUUCCUUUUGACUACAGUAGUGAAACGUUUAGCUUCUGCUUUUUCAUGCAUCUUGAUCACCUAAUCAACUAUAUUCAUGAGUUUAGUGAGUAAACAUCGCCGUGCUUUCAUGCUCUUCCAACAUGUGCUUGUAAUGUCCCAGCUGCGCUGCUUCUGUAAACACUUCAACAAUAUUUAUAGUUCUUAGAAAUAGCCUGAAUACUUCACACACACAUUUAUUAUGAUGAUGAUGAUGAUGAUGAGGUCCCAAACGCAGGUGUGACACGGCUCAGCUAGCUACAGGUCUACAGAAAGCACAGAGAGGCGGUGGGAGUACCCUUGUAUCUGUCCGUCUGUCAUUAUGGGAUGGUUUCUAUGGCUGUUUUGUGAGCCUGCUGCAUCAUUAACAGCAUCUGAAAAUCAAAUCUCAUUUUCACAAUCAUGUUUUUAUGUCCGCUGAAGUAACGGCUGGUCCCACCGGUCACAUCCUGCUGGUUUCUGUUUCUCUGUCGGUGCCUUGGUUGAGUUUUCUUCUACAAAACUUAAGUUUUAAAUAAAUGAUCUCUUUACUUCUGAUGAGGUUCGUUGAGCCUGUCCAGCACUGAUUCAGGUGAUAUCUCAUUUUGGUCAAGUAUUUUCACUUCUUAGCUAAAACGUUUUGUAUUAAUUGAUGAAAACAAAUAAUUGUUGGACCUUAGCUCGCCCUAAAAACGAUUGAUGAUGACCUUGUGUAUUUAUUGUGAAAACUGUGAAAAUCAUGAACAAAUGAAGGAUAUAAAAUAUAAAUGUAUAGCAGAACUUGUAAGUGUUUUGGGGCUGCUGUAAACGUUUGAACGAGAUGGUUGGACUAAAGGUGAAAAUGCUUUAGCAUCAUGUCAUGUUACAUGAAAUGAUGUAAAUGGAUUUUUUUGAAGGAUCUAUUUAUUUUCACUCCUAGUUUUAUUUAAUUCCCUUUGUGUAAAAUUUGAUCUGCUGCUGUAUAUUUUAACUGUAUUUAAGUGACGUGCAUUUUUGUGUAAAUCUACAAGAUGUCCCUUCAUGCACUCCUGUUUGAUGCUCCUCUACUUUUUGUGUAUAAAAGUUGACCCUCAGUGACCUCAUGAUGAAUAAAAGGUCCAUACUGAU